GUGGGCUGGACUGUCAGUCACACACACCGCAGGAAAAGAGCAGCAGACGCUUGCGAGAAAAAUAGUUUCUUCCAUUGCGCGCGCGAUUACUUUCCGGAGGUCUGAACUUCUGCACAUUAAAGAUGGGAAUAUAACAGCUCCUACUUGAACAAAACACGACAACGAAUGGGUCUCAGUGAAGAAACUCUGCGGUUCGUGAUAACUGAUGGCAGAUGUGUGCCACCGACAUGACAGUACAGGGUGAGGACUGACGGGUAAACCCAGUCGACCCGCUCGCCAGACACCCAUCAGUGACCGAUCCGGAAGAUCCGGUCCAAAUCAUCCCGCAAUGAUCAACCAACGCAUUGUCCUGCAUUACAACUACACGGGGAAACUAGACAACCGCAAUGAGACCGAAGGCGCGCCAUUGGAGCCCAAAACGGCGGUGUUUUUGGUCAUCUGCAGCCUCAUCAUCCUGGAGAACCUCAUAGUGCUGGUGGCCAUCUGGCAAAACCACAAGUUUCACAACCGGAUGUACUUCUUUAUCGCCAACCUGGCGUUGUGCGACCUGUUAGCCGGCGUGACGUAUAUAGUCAACCUGCUGAUGUCAGGCCAGUGGACGCUACACUUGUCCCUAAACGCGUGGUUUGUUCGAGAAGGGAGUAUGUUUGUCGCAUUAAGCGCGUCUAUUUUCAGCUUACUUGCGAUUGCGAUCGAACGGCAUAUUACUAUGAUCAAAAUGAGGCCUUAUGACGCCAGCAAAAACUACCGGGUGUUUCUGCUCAUAGGAAUGUGCUGGCUGAUCGCGACCACACUGGGAGCGCUGCCUAUUUUAGGCUGGAACUGUAUAGGAAAUCUUCCUCAGUGCUCGACUAUCUUACCUCUUUACAGCAAGAGCUACGUCGCGUUCUGCAUCACCAUCUUCAUCUCGCUCCUGCUGGCCAUCUCCGUCCUCUACGCCCGCAUUUACAUCCUGGUCAAGAGCAGCAGCCGCAAAGUCACCAAGCACAGCAACUGCGAGCACUCGAUGGCGCUCCUGCGCACCGUCAGCAUCGUGGUGGGCGUCUUCAUCGCCUGCUGGACGCCCAUCUUCGUGCUGCUCCUCGUCGACGUGGCCUGCCAGACCAAAAAGUGCCCGUUUCUGCUCAACGCCGAUUGGUUCAUCGUGUUGGCCGUCUUGAAUUCGGCCAUGAAUCCCGUCAUCUACACGCUGGCCAGCAGGGAAAUGCGCCGGGCGUUUUACAGGCUCGUGUGCGGGUGUUUGGUGCGAGACGGUUCGGUGGGGUGCAAGCAGAACACAGCGGAGCCCAGCCGGAGCAAAUCCAGCUCAAACUGCCCCCGGGCGGCCGAACAGGAAAACCAAGUCGCCAAUGCGCAGAAUCAAGCUAACACUAGCUGAAGCACUCAGAUGCACACUACAGCAUUAGUGCAUGCUAUAGAAUUUAAGUGUGCAAUGUUUAAGUGCAUACUAAAGCAUUAACACGUUAAGUGCAUAUUGAACAAUAGAAAGCAGCUGUAAUAUCCUAACAGAUGCUUUCUUUUGAAAUCCCAACCCAUCUGUUCUUACACUGCAAUAAUGUUUCGUACUCAGUAUUUUUCUUAAAACAUUCUUAAAUCAAGACGCAUUGAGAAAUCAAAUGACUUUAAGAUAAGAAGUCCUGUUUUUUUGUAACAAAAUAAAAAAAAUAAUAUUUGUAACACUUUACAAUAAGGUUCUGUUUGUUAACUAUAUUUAAUGCAUUAACUAAUAAUGCGCAAGACAUUGUUAGAGAAUUUAAGAAUUGUUGUAAGUUAAUAAAUAUACAACUGUUCAAUGUUAGUCUAUGUUAGCUCAGGUACAUUAAAUAACAUUAAUUGAUUGAACUUUUUAUUUUAAUAAUCGUUGGAAUCAACAUUAAAUAAGAUUAAUAAAUGCUUUAGAAGUAAUUUAGUUAACUAGCUUAUUGUAAACUUAUUGUAGCUUAUUGUAAACUGUUACCAAAAUAUCUGCCAAUGUGGUCAGAAAAAAAUAUUUUGCUUUGAAUCAGGGUUAUUAUAGUUAACUAAAACUAAAAUUAAAACAAUUAUAAUUUUUAAAAAAAUUUGAAAUAAAAUAUAAAAACCUUUUUUAUUUGUUUAACAAUGCAAAAAAAUUAAUAAAGCUGGAAUAAUUAUUUAUAUAUAUAUAUAAAUGAAAACAGCAAAUACAGAUUCAAAAUACUAGCUAUUAUAAUAGUCUCAAUGAUACAUAAAUAACACUUUCAUAUUUAUUUAUAACACUGUUUUGCAUCAAAUGUUUCUUAUCCCAUUGACAGAUUUUUUUUCUUCUUGUUUUAAGCAUAAACUUGAAUCUGCUACAUAGUUUUAAUAUCUUUAAUGCUUUUCCUUCUCAAGUAAAUGUGUCUUGAUUUAAGAAUGUUUAGAAAUGUUUUGAAUAAACAAAAAUACUGAGUAAGAAAAUCAUUGUUUUGUAUUAAGUACAGACGGGACAAAUAAAAGACUAAUCCGACAAUUCUAUAAAUAUUGACAGUAUUUAUAAAGUAUUAUGUUAAAUGCUGUACUAUCUGUAUACCUAAAGCCUUUUAUGCCAGGUGCUGAUAAAUAUUAUACUAGCAUGUUUGACACUUCAGUCUGUAUGAUACAUUGUAUAUAGGAUGUAGAUUUUUUUGUUGUAACUUAUCAAACUUUUACCAAAAAUAUUCAUACGAGAUAAGUCUGUAUGAAGUAAAUGUACGCUGCUGUAAAUUUAUUUUAAGAUUAAAAGCUUAAUGAUUUUGACCA